AUGUAUCUCUUGAUACAGGUUGAGAAUGUUGUGAAAGCCAGCACAGAAACUGAUGGACAUAUCCAUGUUGCAAUUGAAGUCCUUGACUUUCGAAAUAUUGCUGGUACUAGGUUUCUGAAGCCUGGGACGAACGAAGCUAGGAAAUGUUGCGAUUCCAGCAAUAACACUAAUUGCAGCAUAGGGGAUGUUUGUGAUAAACGAUUUUCUCUCUGUUUGGGCAGAUCAUCCGGCCAAUGGCCAAUACAUUGUGAAGGCGUACUGGUAAAUUCUUCUAAGGUUUUUACUGACAUGAAUUCAGCCAAAGGGCCGACAAGUGUGAAGUUUGCGAUAUUUAGUCUUAUAUCAUUGAAUAAGAUAGAGAAGUUAACAAUUUACAUGAUUUACGAUGAUACUGUUCAGGACAACUCGAUACAUGAUGACGAAAUGAUUAAUUCAUUCACUGGUAGCAUAGAGACAGAGAUCGACUCAAGUUUCUGGACAAGUAAACAACAUUUGAUGACACUCACUAAAUGUGCCAGCGUUACUCUUGGCAUCCGUAUGUUCUGUGAAUCCAACUAUUAUGGCGAAAAUUGUACCCAGCAUGUGACACCAGACAUGUUUCACCACAUAGAUAUAGUCAAUGGAUCUACCAAACAUGUUCUUGACUGUAAAACAAAUGGUUCGUCCGUGAUAAACAUUCUCACCACGGACCCGUAUAAAUACACACUACCCUACCUUAAAAAGAAACUGAUGUUGUUUUUGGUUGACAAAGUCUGUUCGUUAUCUGCAAAUGACGUCAUUGUAGUUAUUGACAAUGUUAGAUAUACAAACGGAAAACUUCGGGUUGCAUUUAAUGGUAACUGUCUAGCACCAAUCACUGAUCUAGAGGUUCAACAUGCUUUGAAUUACAUGGAAUCAGACGAAAUCGUCAAAUACUUUGGUGAUAAUGUUGAAAGGUUAGAUGAAACGCCACUGAUACGACAGGGACGUUUCAACAUAGUGUACCGUUUAUUAGACGUUUUUCGUGGAGAAAAAUACAAGGGCUGUGAAGGGAACAGAUGCAAUAUAUCUUUACGGAUAAGUUACAGAAAUCAAAGUGUAUCCAAUUGGGAUGUGACCUUUAAAGAUGAGAUGAAUUACUGUUUUCGUGGUCUUGAAAAUACACAAAAUAACACAGUACAUAUCGUGAGCGGUCUCGCAGCAGAGGACACUGCGCCAUUAGAUAUAAAGCUAGAAAUACAUCCGGUAAAAGAGAAUAGGAAAAAUAUUCUCACAUUUAAUAUUCCAGUUAUAAACUUCACGGAAAAAUCAGUAGUUGGUAAUAGUUACAGACAUUUUCAUGCAGCGGAAAUACAGAGAAUUGAUAAAUUGUCGGGAGUUGGUUUUAAAAUUGGAUUGUUUGUUUGGUGUUCUACUGGUUAUACGGGAAAACGCUGUGAAGAAAAAUGCAACAGUACAGAACUUGAUUGCAAUUACGAAAAAUGCCAAAGUGAUGGACAGAACAAAUAUGCUCACACUAUACACUGUGCACAAGGAAUGUGUAAUGACAGCACAAAGUUGUGCGACUGUAAUCCCGGUUAUAUUGGUCCUAUUUGCAAAACACAUUUAGACCACUGCAAAUUUGGCUGGGCGAAGAAUCCAUGUCUAAACGGAAAGUGUACAAACCAUGCCAAUGGUUUUACUUGUGAGUGUACUCGGUAUUAUACUGGAAAAUUUUGUGAACUAAGAUUAAUGACAUAUGCAAACACAAGCAGGUCUAAACGAGAAGUAUUAAACGGAAGCAUCAUAUUACCUGCAAAGUCAGCUUCAAACAGAGCAAAGAAUGUUAUAAAACAAUGUCCCUUUUCAAACAACUGUGGCAAUGGAACUUCUUUUGUCUUUAAAGACACUUUGAAAUGCAUAUGUGAUUUCGGAUUCAAAGGAGACAGAUGCAAGCAAGUGGACCAUUGUGCGACAAAACCCUGUUUGUAUUCCGGGAUUUGCCAGAACAUAGAAAAUACCUUUUCAUGUAAAUGCCAGAAUGGCUUUCGUGGUAUUAAAUGUGGCAUGGUAAAUGAAUGUGAAGACAGUUUUUGUCAAAACGAUGCAACAUGCAUGAAUAUUACAUCAAGUAAUAUUAAAUGUAUUUGCAAGAAAGGCUUUACAGGGAAAUUUUGUCAGAUCAAGACUUAUUGUGAAACUAAAACUUGCACGAACGAAACAAAAUGCAACGAUCACAACAAUGUUACACAAACAUGCUUCACACCAAAGACAACCAAUCAUUCUAUGCAAAAAUUAUUUGUAAAACUGCUACCGGCACUUAGACCAGAAGGGAUAGAUGAAGAUAACAUAACGGAUAGCGUAAAGAUGUUGCUGGAAAACAUUACACAAAAUUGUGCACACGUCAGAGUUAUGUUUGAUGUGUUUUCCUUUGCAAAUGGAUCUAGUAAUAUCUAUAUCGGAGUUCUUUGUGAUGGUAAGCUGUUGUCGGCAACACUUAUUGGACACCAGCUUAAACAUUUCCAUACAGACGAAAUCAUCAACAUUCUUCAUUUUGUACCAAAGAACAACGAAAACACUCCAGCAGCUGAGGUCGGACAUACAUGGAUAGAAGAUAACUGGGUCAUUUUGAUAGGCAUAUUAGUGGCUGUUGUAGCAGUUCUAAUUGGACUUGUCAAGUUAUUACAUAUCAUAUAUGGGAUAAGACCAGACAGAAGAGUAAAAAGAAAGGUAUCACCAAUUAGGAAAAGAAACAAUUACGUCGAUGUCUUUGAAAACGGUACAACAAAUCUACAGAAUACAGAUGAAACAAAUAAACCCCAUAUCUACUCAAGUGGCUUAGGAUCAAGUUAUGUCAUUUAUAGUCCGAGCGGCCGCCAAGAUAACUUGCAACAUGAAAAAAGUAAUGGGUACACUUCCUCAAUAUAUAACGGUUCUGCUAAACCACCCUUGUCUAAUGAUGCCAAGUUUAUAAAUGCUUCUCAUCGAGAACAUGGUACUGAUGCUGUAAAUGAGGAAGAACUACGUGGACCUCAUUACGAAGCAAGGUUUCCAUCUCCACUCUUGAAUGGCGAACAGAACUACCGCAACAGUUACAUAGACUCGAAAAUGGCUUUCUUGGCCAGAAACCCGAUAUACGGAUUGAGCAGUGACAAUUGGUAAAACCAGCUUGCUUCGUGUAUACUUGUCAUGUAUGACGCAUAUGUAUUUUCUAUUAGGCUUAUUGUAUUUUACCAUUUCAUAUCAUUUUAUUACUAUACUACAGUAAUGCCAUUUUACUCAUCAGUACCAGUGUUGUUACUUUUCACUUAUAUUUUUCGUUUCCAUUGCUCUCGAGGAUCUCCUCUUUCCUUACCGGUUGUAUUAACUUCUUGUACAAAGACUUUUAUCAUGUUGGAGGGCUCAAACUCAUUGUGCGAUCAAAUGUAUCUUGGAUGUAGAAACUUAUACUAAGUUUUAUAGCGCAUCAUUU